CAUUGUCGACUUGUCGUCUCUCUCCUAGAUACCCCCGGUUUCUUUCGCGCUAAUUUUUUUAUUAAUUCUAUUUAAAUUAAAAACAAAGUCAAAUUAUGAACAAAAUCUUGUAUAAUUUUGCAUGGUUUGUGUUACAUACGUGAGCAAUACAAAUAAUUCAUCAUGGAACAAGAAAACAGAGUAGUUGUGCUUAUUGAUAUGGACUGUUUUUAUUGCCAAGUUGAAGAGAAACAAAACCCGGAAUUACGUGGUAAACCUAUAGCGGUCGUCCAAUACAACCCUUGGAAAGGAGGAGGAAUAAUAGCUGUGAACUAUGUGGCUCGAGCUAUGGGUGUAAGUAGACACAUGCGAGGGGAUGAAGCCAAGGAAAAAUGUCCAGAAAUUCAAUUGCCAUCAGUGCCCUGUUCUAGAGGAAAAGCUGAUAUUUCGAAGUACAGAGAUGCUGGAAAAGAAGUGGCUAAAGUUUUACAGAAGUUCACAUCACUUUUGGAGAGAGCGUCCAUUGAUGAAGCUUAUUUGGAUAUCACCAGUCAUGUAGAGGAAAGACUAAAAGUUGUAAAUAUAAACACUGUCAACACAGACAUGAUUCCCAACACAUAUGCUCUGGGUUAUGACAAUGUGAAAGAAUUUAUACAAGAUGUUCACAACUGUGGCUCAGAUUCCAUUGAGUUUGAUUACGAGCAUGCAAAGAGGCUGCUCGUGGGAGCUGUGAUUGUCAGUGAGAUAAGAGCAGCUGUUUAUGAAGAAACAGGAUACAGGUGUUCAGCAGGUAUUGCUCAUAACAAAAUCCUUGCCAAGUUGGUUUGCGGCAUGAACAAGCCAAACAAACAAACUAUUCUUCCUAAACACUCCAUUAACAUUCUAUACAGGACUCUAUCACUUAGGAAGGUCAAACAUUUGGGUGGAAAAUUUGGAGACAUGGUCUGUGAAACACUGAAAAUAAGUAAAAUGGCUGAGCUACAGAAAUUCACAGAGAGACAACUGCAGGCCAAGUUUGAUGAUAAAAAUGGCACCUGGCUGUACAAUAUAGCGCGCGGCAUCGAUCUAGAACCGGUACAAGCUCGGUUCAAUGCAAAAAGUAUUGGCUGCUGCAAACAGUUGAGAGGAAAAUCGGCUCUCGCCGACUUGGAUAGUUUAAAGAAGUGGCUCCGGGACUUGGGUGAUGAGAUAGAAGAUAGAUUAGAGAAGGACGCACUAGAAAACAAUAGGACCCCUCGUCAGAUGGUGGUCAGCUUCACGACACAACUGACUGAUGGCAGGGACUCUGGGAGUUCGAGAUCGUACAAUUUUGCUGCAGAUGAUGAACUCUGUGGAGAGCUUUUUUCCAGUAAGGCUUUGGAAUUGGUUCUCGACAGCAUGGAGGGAGUCAAAGUUAAGGAUGGAGAACCUAACAGAAAACUGAAAUCUUUAAUUAAAUUCUUAGGUAUAAGUGUGGGAAAGUUUGAAGACAUUUCAGAUAAUAAAAAGAUAAAACGGAUUAAUGAUUAUUUUUGUGCUGGAACAUCAAAGGACACGUCAGAAAAGAAAAAAAUAGUUGCAGUUCAAGGAGACAGUAAAAUACUAACAGACAAUAGCAAGACCAACAAAUUGUGUAAUGGAAAGGAUUACAUUUUCCAAAAAUUCUUUCAGGCAUCCACAAAGCCUACGAAUGAAGCCAAUACUACAAAAAUAACUGACAAUGUUUCAAAUACUGUUAAAAAUGAGUCUGUUAUAGUGUCAACAUUGAACAAGCAAGAAUCAUUCUUUGCCAAAUUUUUAAAUACUGCAACAAAAAAUAAUUAUAUCGAAGAUAAUUCUGAUGAAAGUAAAAUAAGACAUACUAUAACUCCUACUUGUGAAUUAGUAAACUGUGGCGAGAAUAGCAAUGACUCAAAUUAUUCUAAUUCUACAAUAAAUAAUGAAAUCAACAAAAGUAUGGCUUUGUUUGAAGAGGAUCCAGUAGAUGUAGAUCGCGUUAGUAGCAUCAGAGAACUAUUGAAAACAUCAAAUGCUGUAAAAGAAAAUACAGCUGUUCUUUUGGGUGAAGAGGAACCAGAUCAUCUACUAGAUGCAAGUAAUAACCCUCAAGAAGGAAAAGAUAAUGACAUAGCUGGAAUCAAUAGUGUUUUGGAUACUUUCGAAUGUCCUGAAUGUAAGAAAACAAUAACAGUAGAUAUGAUAGAAACUCACUCUGAUUACCAUUUAGCACUUAGACUAAGAGAAGAAGAGAGACAACAUGUUCGUAAUGAAAUUAAAGAAAGGAAACAAUCACUAGUUACAAGCAAUGAGGCCAGUGACAAAAAACCUGUAGAAAAAUCUAAGAACGAAACUGCAUCUUCUAUUGCAAGUUUUCUUGUUAGAAUAGAUGACACAAUACCUACAGAAAUAUGCUCUGAAUGUGGCAAAAAAGUGCCAGUCGAGAAAUUUGGAGAGCAUUUAGAUUUCCACGAAGCAAAAAAGCUGAGUAGGAUGUUGAAUAUGAAAUCUACUCCAGGUUACUUUACUAGUAACAGUGUGAAGAGGAAAAGAAAAUCUUACGAGUCGCCUAGGAAAAAGAAUAAAAUGCCGAGCUGUAAAUCUAUUGACUCAUUUUUUAAAUCUUGAUACAUAUUGGAAAUAAUAUAUUGAAUAAAAUUUAUAUAACGAU